AUGGAGGCGCUGUUCCAGAGGCUGGCCCCGUGGGCGCCGCGGCUGUACGUGCACGACAGGGACGUCGUCUGCCUGGGCUUCAUCGACUACUUCCAGCAGCGGCAGCUGAUUCAGGAGCGCUUCCGCGGGGUGGCCCGGUCGGCGAUGACGCUGUCGUACCGUGACAUGCUCUUCUCCUUGGUCGGCGCCGACAAGGAGCGGCCGCAUCUCCUGCCUUCGGCCAUGCUGGUGAAGAACUCCAGCGACUGCGACGCCCACGGGCUCGAGCAAUGGUGGAAGCCAGACGGCGAGCUCAACUUGAGCGCCACGCGUUACAGCUAUCCUGGAGCUUAA